AUGAAAUUACGCAGCAAAUCGGCAAACCGUUCCGAAUCAAAGGACAAUACCCCGCAGGUGAACCAAACCCUUUUGCCCGUAGGUGUUGGUCAUGUUUCUUGCUCAGGCUCUAGUAUAUCAGGUUGUUCUAGGGUUAGCUCGGUUUCCCAUAGAGCUAGAGCUGAUCUGUUGUUAGCCGAGUUGAAGGAGAAGCAGGUUGUAGAACAGUUAGAGUUAGAUAAGCAACGUAAGCUGCUCCAGGUGAGGAAUGAGACGGAAAUGGCGAAACUGCGUUUGGCACUCGCUGAGGAAGAAGAAAAUCUAGUCAACGGAGAUGAAGUCAAGGGUGGAGUAAUGGUCAGUGAACAUCUUUCUCGUUACUUAGGUGAUUGCCACGUGCAGAACGACGCACCACAAAAAACAAGCUUGGUUCCAAUGGUGAAACCUGCAGCGGAUUAUCGUUUGGACUUGCCUAGGGUGGAACUGGAGUCAUUCGCGGGCUGCUCGUCAACGUACUGGAGGUUUGUGAAACAGUUCGAAUAUUACGUCGAAGGUAGAGUUCGAGACGAUGGACAGCGCUUACUUUAUUUGAUGCAUUACUGCAAGGGACAAGCAAGGGAUGCGAUUGCCGAAUGUGUUAUGUUGCCUCCAACACUGGCAUACAAUAGGGCUAGGGAAAUCCUAAAGGAUCUGUAUGGACAAGAUCAUGUAGUGGCUCGUUCACUGAUUGACGGCUUGCUGCAAGGUUUAAAGCCUCUGGCAGAAGAUUCGGAUGCCCUGACCAAAUUGUCGUUAAAAAUGCUGAACUGCGAAGUUGCCCUCACGCAGAUGAAUUGCAUGUCAGACCUCAACUCAUUGCAGACUAUGGAACGUAUCACUCGAGUGCUACCAACGCGUCUCCAGGAUUUGUGGGCUAGGACCGUUGAUGAUAUUUUGGGAAGAGGAGUCGAACCGAGGUUCCAAGAUCUGCAGCACCUAGUGUCCCGUGAGGCACGGAUUGCUCGAAGUAGGUUUGGCAAACUUGCCGCCAAUAGCAAGGCUCAGGGGUAUUCGCGGUCAUCCAGUUGGAGGAAUUAUGCACAAAACCCGCGUCCAGAAGCGACACGGUUCACGCCAAAUCAGGGUAGUACUUUGUUGGUCGCAGCUAACAGGUGCUCGGUAUGUAAUGGAAUACACACACUUGAGGAAUGUCAGCGAUUCCUGUCUCGUGAUAUACCCGGUCGUUGGGCAUUGAUCAAAGAAAUCAAGGCUUGUUUUUCGUGUCUCAAAUGUGGACAUCUGUCCAGCAACUGUUCUGUUUCAAAACCAUGUUCAACAUCAGGUUGUUUGAAACGGCACCACCCUCUACUGCAUGUUGCACAGAAGCAAGGUGCCGAUCAAGUCACGCAAGAUACAACACAAGGGCCGCAGCUGGAUAAGCUGGGUACGGACAGUGCGAAAGGGCAUGGGCAGUGGACCAAUAAUUGUGCGGCUACUCUUAGGCCAGAAUGUCGGGUCAGUUUAGGUGUGCUACCAGUGCGAGUAGACGGACCGGGGGGCUCCGUGGAGACCUACGCUCUGCUGGACAGCGGGUCUGAUGUGACUCUAAUACAAAAGGACAUUAUGGAGCUGGUGGGCCUGAAGGCAUCCCCGACCUCACUUUCGAUUUCGACCGUAAAUGGGACUACCACUUGGAAUUCGGGAAUAACGGAGCUGCGACUGAACUCAUUGUCAGAGAAUGAUUUCGUGAAUGUAGAGAGAGCAUUUUGUGUUGAUAGGUUACCAAUCCAAGCAGUGCAGUACUGCACAGAUGCGGACAUUUUAUCCUGGCCUCACCUACAUUGCGUCCAAAGACGGAAUCUGGAAGAUUCGAGAGUGCGAAUCCUGAUAGGUGCCGACGUCCCAGAAGCACAUUGGGCAUUAGAGCAAAGAUGCGGCAAAAGAAAACAGCCCUAUGCUGUGCGGACGAUUUUAGGAUGGAUUGUUCUUGGUCCGAUAAACCAGGAACCACACUUUGCGAGAACAGUAAACUACAUUGAGAGGGGAAUCGAUCCCUUAGCAGAACAGAUCGAUCGACUAUACAACGCCGAAUUCUGCGAUGGGUGUGCGUCAGAAAACUCUCCUUCAUUAGAGGACAAACAGGCCGUCGAUAUGGUUUCCAAUGCCAUAACCUGGUUGAACGGACACUAUGAAGUUGCACUCCCGUGGAGGAAUCCCGAAGUGAGACUUCCAAAUAACUAUAUUGUGGCCAAAGAGAGAUUGAACGGCCUGAGGAAAAGGUUUGCGCGUGACCCUGAAUUCUUUGAAAAAUACUCUACAAUAAUAGAGGGUUAUGUGCGCAAGGGCCACGCCCAGUUAGUUCCCGAUGUACAGCUAAAAAUGGGUUUUGAGCCAAAGUGGUACUUACCACAUCACGCAGUUACAAACCCUAAAAAGCCUAGCAAGUUGAGGGUGGUGUUUGACUGCGCGGCUGCAUUCCAGGGACGCUCCUUGAAUGAUUACUUGCUACAGGGACCGGAUACGACAGCAAGCUUAGUUGGAGUGUUGCUUCGUUUCCGAAAGGAAUCUGUCGCGUUGGCUGCGGAUAUUGAAGAAAUGUUCAUGCAGGUUCGAGUGCCAACGAGAGACAAAGGAGCACUGAGGUUCCUGUGGUGGGAAAAUGGUCGACUAGGUGGUAAUCCUGUUGAAUAUCAGAUGAAUGCCCACCCUUUUGGUGCCACUUCCUCCCCAUUUUGUGCAAAUUUCGCGUUACGUCGCACGGCAAACGAUUGGGGAGGACAGUAUGAGGAUUACGUCUCCACGGCCGUGUAUAACAACUUCUAUGUAGACGACUGUCUUGUUUCUUUGCCCACACCGGAGAAUGCGAGAGUUUUCGCUAUCCAGAUGAGUGAGUUACUAUCACGAGGCGGAUUCCGGCUUCAUAAGUGGGUGUGUAAUCGUAAGGAGGUGCUGGAUAUUUUACCAAAAUCUGAGCUCGCCCAUCCCACUUUGGAAAUAGAUGAUUGCGCGCCUGUGCCGGAGAGGACGUUGGGGUUAGAAUGGAACGCAAUAGAAGACACGUUCCAGUUUUCAUUCUCAAUACGCGAAAAACCUCAAACAAGGCGUGGCUUGUUGUCUAUAGUAUCAUCCGUGUUCGACCCGCUAGGGUUGGUUUCACCUUUCAUUCUGCCAGGCAAGGUGUUAUUGCAAUCACUGUGUCGCUUGAAGCUUGGUUGGGACGAUCCAAUUGGAGAAGGACCCCUACGAUGCUGGAAUGAGUGGUUAAGAAGUAUGGAACAACUUUGCGCAUUCAAAAUUCAGCGUCCCAUUAUUAGAGGUAACUCGCUGAACGAAGGUGUGCAGCUUCAUGUAUUUUGUGACGCUUCUGAAGUUGGCUAUGGGGUGGUGGCGUAUUCCAGAAUGGUUUCAAGGGACAUAGCCCCCUACUGUGCCCUAUUGUUCUCUAAGUCAAGGGUAGCUCCUCUGAAGACCAUAACGAUCCCGCGCUUGGAGUUAGCCGCAGCAAGACUGGCCGUUAGAGUUUCUCGGAUGCUCAUGGAAGAAACUGGAAUCAAGUUUGGUAAGGCCUACUACUGGACGGACUCUGCUAUAGUUUUGCAUUACAUAAACAACACUAAAACGAGAUUUAGUACGUACGUUGCGAACCGUUUGGCUGAAAUCCAUCAGUGGUCGGAACCCUGGCAGUGGCGGCAUGUCAGAUCGGAGGCUAACCCCGCAGACUUGGCAUCAAGAGGCACAACAUCACCGAGUGAUAUCAGCUGCUGGUUCGAAGGUCCUAAAUUCCUGAUGGGCGAUGAAACCUCAUGGCCGACCUGGCCUACGGUUGAUGCAGCACCACCAAACGUUGAGUUGAAGCAGCUUUCGAGUACAGUUCUCACAGUGUUGCGGGAUACAUGGUCGGACGCACUUCUAGCUAGGCACUCCAGUUGGUUUCACUUGCUGAAGUCGGUAGCGUGGUUAACCCGUUUUAAAAUGUACGUUGCAGUCAUGAGAGGCGGGCGCACGGAUCUAGGAUUGACAACUGGGCCGUUGAAGUUACACGACAUUGCUAAAGCGGAGGAAAGUGUUAUUAUGAUUGUACAAGCUAAGGUCUAUGGCGAAGAGUUAAAAUGGCUACGAGACAGGAGCAAUAACCUAUGCACUAACAAAUCUCCGAUGAACAGGACUCUAUUAAAACUCGAUCCAAUUUUAUUAAAUGGAAUUAUUUGUGUUGGAGGACGACUGAACUACUCCAGUCAGCUUCGGGGUGUGAAACAUCCGGUGAUACUACCCAAGACUCACCCGAUUACAGACUCGAUAAUCCGAUGGUACCACGCGAUGGAAGGACACGCAGGACCUUCUCAGUUACUCGCGGAACUUCGCAAAAAAUUUUGGAUUGUACAGGGGGGGGCUGCCGUCAAGCGAGUACUUGGAGGAUGUUGGAAAUGCCGGAAGCAUUUGGCGGUUGUGGGCAAACAGAUGAUGGCUCCUCUACCAGCCAUUAGAGUCCAACAAGGUUGGUUUCCGUUCAAGUACGUCGGAAUAGAUUACUUCGGCCCAUUUGCGGUUAAACAUGGGCGCAGCAUGGAGAAACGAUAUGGAUGCAUCUUCACCUGUCUCCAGAUGCGUGCGGUACAUAUUGAAGUUUCUUAUUCUCUAAGCACGGAUUCAUUCAUCAUGACAUUACUGCGUUUCAUGUCGAGGAGAGGAGCACCGUCCGAGAUUUUUAGUGAUAACGGUACAAACUUUGUUGGGGCUCAAAGGGAAUUGAAGAACCUAAUGGAAAACUGGUCUAGUGAUAAGAUUGCCGAUAGAUUGUUGCAACGGGGCGUGCAGUGGCACUUCAAUCCUCCACAUGCUAGUCACCGUGGUGGCAUAUGGGAGAUCAUGGUGCGCUCGGUUAGAAGAGUACUUCUUUCAGUUUGUGACGAGCAGCCGAUGACUGACGAAAUACUGUUGACAUUCCUCACGGAAAGUGAGCGGAUAGUAAACGGACGACCGCUAGUGCCUUUGACCUCGGACUGUCGUGAUCUGCCAGUACUCACGCCCAAUGACCUGCUUAUCCUGAGGGCGAACCCACGAGAUAUUCCGACGGAUUCGUUGCGCGAUAGAAUGGUUCGUCAGUGGAGGCAGGCAAACUACCUAGCGUCUGUGUUUUGGAAGAGAUGGAUCAGGGAAUAUCUUCCACUAUUACAACAGCGGCAGAAGUGGAUAACUCGAGAACGCAAUUUUAGAUCGGGUGAUGUAGUGCUCCUAGUUUCGGAGGUUUUGCCGCGUGGCCGGUGGCCGAUAGGAGUAAUCGAAAACAUCUCAGUUUCGGACGAUGGCUUGGUACGAACGGCAACAGUGCGAACUAAUGAAGGAUUAGUGCUCCGUGACAUUAGAAAGAUUUGUCUUAUUGAGGGCGAACCGGACACUGGUGGUGUAAGUUCAGAGGCCAACUUUCCUCAAGUGGGAGGCGGGUCUUCGGAUCUGCCGAACCGGGAGGGACCACUGAGAGUUGAUCCACUUGUCCGACUGGGAGCUGCUAUUGACGGUGACCAGUUUUAG